AUGCAUCUCAAGACUACCGGGUCGCUCCUGGUGCUGCUGGCGGCGCUCGCUGUAUGCGCGCCCACGCCAGCCGCUGCUGCCGCCGCCGCCGCGGGCCUGCCGGCCGGCUGCAAGGGGGUUGGCAACGUAUACACCAGCCUCAAGUGCCUCAGCGCGGCGCUGGCGGCCGACGGCUACCCGGCACAUGCAGUGGUUGCCCCCCUCGCAUACACCCUCACCGGCCGGCUCUCCAGCUUCAUCGAAAAGGCCACACGCCAAAAGCCCCGGGUCAACUUCUACUUCGCAGUCCCGGCGCCGGGCACCGAGGGCUCGGCCUCGUGCGCUCAGGCGCAGGGCGGGUACCGCGGGCUGGCUGCGUGCGCCUUUUUCAGGUGCACCCUGGGGAAGCUGCACGCCUACCUGGGAGAGGGCCUGGGCGCCUUGCUUGACCUCGGGCUCAAGAAAUCUGCCAAGCCCUCUUACUACGCGUCGGGCGCGUCCAAGGCGCUGCGCCGCCUGACCAGCAAGGGCUACCUCUGCGCCCAAGAGGCCAUCCCCAGCGCCGCCCCGCAAGCUAGCUUCGGCGCCGGCGGCGGCGGCGGCGCGGGUUUUGGGCUGUCCUGCCGGUACGCCGAUGGGACGGAGGUCAACUUCGCUGGUGGGGGCGGGGGCGGUGGGUCCGGUUUCGGCGCCAAGGCUGGCGGCGGCCCGAAGAAGCCGAGCUGGGACGGCGGCGGCGGCGCGGGGGGCGGCGCCAACGCGCUCGGCGCGGACGGGCUCUGGCCGCACGUGGGGUCGACUGCUGGCGGCUGCGCGGGCCGCAAGGGCUGCAAACUCCCGCGCCCGGUCAGCGACGCCGGCAGCUACCCCGAGCGCUUCGGCGCCGCCAUGGCCAACGUCGUCGCGGCGCGCAUCCCCCUCUGCCUCUCCACCGGCGGCGUCCUCGUCGCGGUCGGCGGCGGCGGCGGAGGCGCCGGCUACGGCGGCGCCCGCGUCACCCCUGCCGCGGGCGUCAGCACGGGGUUUGAAUUUCGAUUUGCUGUCAACGCGGAGCUCAGUUACAGCCCUCCAGGUGACCAGGUUGUCUACAGCUUGUCUACUGGCCCCAAAGCCUCCUCCGCAUUUGCGCCUGCGCUGCUGUCUUCGCCCGCGGCCGCCGCGAGCCUACGGGCAGCGCUGGCGCAAGGCCUGGGCGCGACCAACAACGGCGAGUGCUCGAACACGAGCACGCUCGAUGUGGCCGGGCCGCAGUGGCAGUCGGCGGUGCUGCAGCAGGGGGAUGUUUCGCCCUACCUCCCAGGCUUGGGGCCGGUGUUUGACGUCGGCGCCAGCGGCGGGUCCCUGCUACGUUACGCAUCGCCAGUAUAUUACCCCGGCCAAGGCGUGAACGUGUCCACGCUCGCCGUGAUGAACACCGAGGGCGUGGACGCGGGCGCCCUGCAGCCGGGCGCGCACUUUCCGUUUUACGGAUCGAGCACCCUCGCCUCCAACUCCAGUGCGGCGCCGGACACCGCGCACCAGGCGCCGACCGCUGGGCUACGUCCGGCCUGGGCCCCCUGA